AUGAUAAACAUGCUAAUGGGCAACCGCAAAUCCGAUUCCUCCAAAGACAAAUCCAGCAUGUCUAUGUCCAACGACACCCCGAAAGAAAUAAUGGAAGAACAGCACAUCUACCCCCGCAAACUCACCCGCCCCGAAGCCUCGACCCUCAAAAAAUACGACAUGGCCAUCUCCCCUUCCCAGUUAGCUACCCUACCCCCCGGCGCAACCCCCACAAAGGGUGUUCGUCGCCGCCGUCAACAUCUCCGUCCUGAACCUGAACUCCUCCCUAUGGAUAUGGUCUCCUCGGGCCGACAGCGCGAGCCAUUGCGUAAAAGUGAGAUCUCGGAAAUGGGGAGGGCCGCGGCGAAGGCUAAUGCGGGAUUGCAAGGGGUCCCUGGGAGGGGAGAGUUGCCUAAACGGGAGGGAAAGGGGAGUUUAUGGAAGGGGGAGAGGUUUGCUCGAGGAGAGUUGGUGCCUGAUGAGCGGGCCAUGAUGGGGGAGAUUCCGCCGGCAAGUGUGACAGAGGUAGGGAGGAAGAUGUAA